GGUACUUUGAUGUCAUACGCAGAUCGGUCUGCGCAGUGCCGUUGCAUCUCGAACAAGCCUAUCGCGAGACAGCAGCAAUUAGUCACGUGCUCAUAGUCACCAUUCGCGAACUAGAGAAAAACAUCGAUGGGGAGUUUAAUCAGGUGUUGAUUAUCUUCAUAUUACAGUGGUUUACAGUGGUAAAGUGAAGUUGAGCAGGGAAAUGUCCAGCACAGCCAUGAAGAAGAAGGUGCUGUUGAUGGGUAAAAGUGGAUCAGGAAAGACAAGUAUGAGGUCAAUUAUAUUUGCCAAUUACAUCGCCAGAGACACUCGCCGCCUUGGAGCCACAAUUGAUGUGGAGCACUCUCAUGUGCGAUUUCUGGGCAAUCUGGUGCUGAACCUAUGGGACUGCGGUGGACAGGACACUUUCAUGGAAAACUACUUCACGAGUCAGAGAGAUAACAUCUUUCGCAAUGUAGAGGUGUUGAUCUACGUGUUUGAUGUGGAGAGCCGAGAGCUGGAGAAAGAUAUGCAUUACUACCAGUCGUGUCUAGAAGCCAUCCUGCAGAACUCGCCUGAUGCAAAGAUCUUCUGCCUAGUACACAAGAUGGACCUGGUCCAGGAGGAUCAGAGAGACUUGAUAUUUAAAGAGCGUGAGGAGGACCUGAAAAGAUUGUCUCGCCCACUGGCCUGCACCUGCUUUAGAACGUCUAUUUGGGAUGAGACGCUGUAUAAAGCAUGGUCCAGUAUCGUCUAUCAGCUCAUUCCUAAUGUACAGCAGCUUGAGUGCAACCUGCGCAACUUUGCUCAGAUAAUUGAGGCAGAUGAAGUCUUGCUUUUUGAAAGAGCUACUUUCCUGGUGAUCUCUCAUUAUCAGUGCAAGGAACAGCGUGAUGCUCAUCGCUUCGAGAAGAUCAGUAACAUCAUCAAACAAUUCAAGCUGAGCUGCAGCAAGUUGGCGGCCUCUUUCCAAAGCAUGGAAGUGCGCAACUCUAACUUUGCUGCCUUUAUUGACGUGUUCACUUCCAACACUUACGUCAUGGUGAUCAUGUCAGACCCGUCUAUACCUUCUGCUGCUACCCUCAUCAACAUCCGGAAUGCCAGGAGACAUUUUGAGAAACUUGAGCGUGUGGACGGGCCCAAACACAGUCUACACAUGCGUAUGCGCUAGACUGCCAACAUAGAGAGUGGUGAUGAGUGAACUGCUGGGAAUCAUCAAGAAGAAUUCCUCCUAUUUUGCUGACUUCACAUGCAUCUAGUGUUUUCUGCCAAGAAACUAAUUCAUCUGAUAUUAAAAGGCACUCACUAAUCACUUUUCUCACUAAUGUUGCAAAGGAACUUCAGUUCUUAAUGAAUUCUGUAAUAUAUGAUUUCCUUAAUAUAUGAUUUGUGCCAUAAGGUGGCUUGCAAGUUACUGAUAGCCAGGAAUAAUAGAUCAUGAAGUCAGCAUUCUUUGCCUGUGUCUUUUAUAUAUUGUCUUAUAUAUAAAACAUUAUCGUCUUUCUGUACUGUUUCCAAAUGUCGAGCAGUAAUCUGUGCGACUAAAAUUGGUCUAACUUAUAAAUUAACAACUUGAUCUACAAAAUCAUCUAUUAUAAAUAUUCUCAAUAAAUACAGAUUGUUCUGUAAUAAAUGUUUUCUGUACAACAAAA